AUGCCUCAAGAUCUUGAAUCUAAUAAAUUAGAAAAGAAUGAUAUAAAACUUAACGAAAAUUCCGCAAGUCAAGUUUUGGAAUCAAAUGAUAUAGAAACGAAUGGUUUAACAUUCAUUAAAGAAAAAUCUGGGCAUGAGGGAAUAACUAAUGCGAGUGAAAUUGAUGAUGAUCAAGUAUAUACGGAAUUGACUCAACUUCAAUUCUUCUUUGUUUUUCUUGGUCUAUGUUUUGCCAUGUUCAUGGCAGCUUUAGAUCAAACUAUCGUUACGACUGCUUUGCCAAAGAUAGUAAUUGACCUUGCAUCUGUUGAAAAAAUUGUGUGGGUCGGAACUGCUUAUUUACUCACCGCGACUUCCUUUCAACCAGCUUAUGGAAAACUAGCUGAUAUCUUUGGUCGUAAGAUUACAUUUUUAGCAGCAAUGUUACUUUUUGAAUUGGGAAGCAUCUUAUGUGGUGUAUCUUCGACCAUGGAUAUGUUAAUAAUUUCUCGAUCGAUAGCCGGCCUUGGUGGUGGUGGUAUAUUUGGCAUAGUAUUAAUUAUACUUGCAGACAUUGUUUCAGUUAAAGAUCGUGGUAAAUUUCAAGGAUAUAUCGGUGCUGUUUUCAUUAUCGCAUCCAUCAUAAGCCCAGUAAUUGGUGGAUUAUUCACAGAUAAUAAUAAUUUGAGUUGGAGAUGGGCAUUUUAUAUUAAUGUACCAAUAGGAGUUAUAGCAAUAAUUUGUAUUAUGUUCUUUUUUAAAUCGUCAAGAACUACCGAUUCUUUUUACGAAAAGCUUAAACGCAUCGAUUGGUUGGGAUCACUGCUAAUUACCUGCACAAUGAUGGCAUUUCUGUUACCUCUUAGUUGGGGUGGGGUUACAUACCCAUGGAAUUCCCCCAUUAUUAUAAGUUUGUUGGUCGUUGGUGUGGUAUUAUUAACUAUAUUUAUCUAUGUGGAAGGCUAUGUUGUGGCUGAACCUCUUGUACCUGGACAUUUGUUUAAGGAUCGUAGUAUAGUUGCUUGCUUUUUAGUUAAUUUUUGCCUUGGUAUGAUAUUUUUUUCGAUAAUAUAUUUCCUACCCGUAUAUUUUGAAAUUGUCAACGAAGAUUCAGCUACUAUGGCUGGUGUUAAACUUCUUCCUUACAUUGCGGGUGCUGUCAUCACAGUUUUAUUAUCUGGAUUUAUAGUUUCACAUACAACAAUAAUUUCCUAUAAAGUAAUUUGUAUAGUUGGUGGUAUAUUGACAGCUGUUGGUAUUGGAUUGAUAAGUUUGUUUGAUAUAAAUUCAACUUCUGGUGAAGUCAUUGGUUAUUUAUUAAUUAGCGGAUUGGGCGCUGGUGCUGUCGUACAAACUGUAUUUCUGGCAGGUCAAGCUUCCGUAGAAUAUGAAGAUGUCGCAGCUGUUACUUCUUUGAUAACAUUUUUCAGAACUAUUGGUGCUGUAUUCGGGUUAGGGAUUGUAGCUGCUGUAUUUGCAUCCGGUUUUUCAACCGAAAUAAAAUUAGCAGAUUCUGUUCCAGACUUACUUAAGGAGUAUCAUCAGCUUCCAGAAUUUCUUAAAAAACCAACGAAAAAACUACUUGUAUCGUCUCUAAGUCUCUCGUUUAAGGCUGGAAUUGCAUUUGGGUUGUUAUUAAUAGUGUCGGCUGUGUUUAUCAGAAAUGAGAAAAACAAAGAUAAGGAAAUAGAUGAGGAAGAGGUUAUUCCUUAA